CACACUCGAAAAUAUAUGAAACUUAAAAUAAACUUAUUCAGAAAUUACGAAAAUGUUACUGGGUUGCAACCACCAGAGCGGCAAAACAAAUAUUUAUAUCAUCAAUCCACAUCAGCUCGUAGUGUUACAAAUGCAAAAACAAAGCACGACAUCCUACAACUUAUACAUAAAAAAAAACAACAGUUUAAUCAAAAAAGCUUGGAAGAAAAAAACCAAAAACCAGUACAACUCCUGUUAUUGCAACCACCAUCGAAACCCCCACCUCCAAUAUUAAAUAGGCACGCGAAUAUUGAUGAGAAUGCAGGUUCGAAAAUUAUCGAUCUUUGUGAGGGUCAACGUCCGUGUGUCUCAAACGCUGUGCGGCGAUCUACAACACUUCCUGCGAAUCAUUGUUGCCUAAGCAUUCGUAAUCGGGUAACAUUUCGGGUGCAGUCACCAACUUCACGUUUCGAAGAAAAAAGCAAUAAUCUCAAUAGCAAAAACUCUGACAACCGUGUUAAAGCCUUAACAGUUAAAAUGACUUCAGAAGAUCUCUUGCAACCAGGUCACGUGGUCAAAGAGCGUUGGAAAGUUGUGCGGAAAAUAGGUGGUGGAGGUUUUGGCGAAAUCUAUGAGGGACAAGAUUUGAUAACUCGCGAGCAAGUUGCGUUGAAAGUAGAAUCUGCACGUCAGCCGAAGCAAGUUUUAAAAAUGGAAGUUGCAGUAUUAAAAAAAUUACAGGGGAAGGAGCACGUUUGCCGUUUUAUUGGUUGUGGUCGAAAUGACCGAUUCAAUUAUGUGGUGAUGCAAUUACAAGGCAAAAACCUAGCGGAAUUGCGUCGAGCGCAACCUCGUGGUGCAUUUUCACUGAGCACAACAUUGCGAUUGGGACUACAAAUCUUGAAAGCUAUUGAAUCUAUACAUUCAGUUGGAUUUUUACACCGUGAUAUUAAACCUAACUCCAUACCAGUUCUUGCAGGCGUUGUCGCAUACUCCGUUUAUGCUCCAAAAUAUAAAUUGGUGUAACUAUAUGAAAAUACCUCCACAA